CCAAUGGUUUAGCUGAUUAUUCCACAUGGAAACUUUUCAAAGAAUGAUCAGUUUUAGUUGAAACAGUCAAUUUUACCAUUUGUCGGAAGAAGACAAAUAGCUAUGUCCCGACUCUCUUCAUUGGAUCUCUCUCUCUAUCGACGAAUAUCAUAGCCGGGAAAAGUUCGAAUCUACGGUGUACUUAUCGAGAUGAGUAACAACGAGCUUCUCAAAAUCGAGCCUAUGUACCUUCAAUUCCCUUUUGAAUUGAAGAAGCAGAUGUCUUGCUCUCUUAACUCGACGAACAAGACAGCCAAUAACGUGGCCUUUAAGGUUAAGACGACAAAUCCGAAAAAUUAUUGCGUUAGGCCUAAUUAUGGACUUAUUCUUCCAAAGUCGACUUGUGAAAUUCUUGUGACAAUGCAAGCCCAAAAGGAAGUUCUUAAUUCUGAUAUGCAGAGCAAUGAAAAGUUUAUGAUUCAAAGUGUAAUAGCUAGUCCUGCAGUCACAGCCAAAGAAGUUACUCGUGAGACGGUACUGAUCAUUCACAUUAUUGAUUUGAUGGAUAAUCACACUUUGGUUUUGGUUCCUUAA